UUCUCGCGAGAGCUGGUCGGCCGAACGCCGGAAGCUCUUCGUCGUUCCGUAGCGGGCCAAGGGGCGGACUCGCGGGUUGGGGGAGUCUUAGUUGCUUUCGGCUCGCGCGGCGGCGCAAGAUGGCGGACAUCUCCUUGGACGAGCUCAUCAGGAAGCGCGGGACGGCGGCGAAGGGACGGCUCAAUGCCAGACCAGGAGUUGGAGGUGUCCGAUCUCGAGUUGGGAUCCAUCAGGGCCUUCUCAGCCAGCCAGCACGCACAGCCACCUUCCAGCAGAGAUUUGAUGCCCGGCAAAAGAUUGGUCUCUCAGAUGCCCGGCUCAAGCUGGGAGUCAAGGAUGCCCGGGAGAAGCUUUUGCAAAAAGAUGCCAGAUUUCGGAUUAAAGGGAAAGUGCAAGAUGCCAGAGAGAUGUUGAACUCUCGCAAGCAACAGACCACAGUGCCCCAGAAGCCCCGCCAGGUUGCUGAUGCCCGGGAAAAGAUUAGCCUGAAGAGGAGUUCCCCUGCUGCCUUCAUGAACCCACCCAUUGGGACGGUGACCCCUGCUCUGAAGCUCACCAAAACCAUCCAGGUUCCACAGCAGAAGGCAAUGGUACCACUUCAUGCCCAUCCUUCCGGAAUGAGGAUCAAUGUUGUCAAUAACCACCAGGCCAAACAGAAUUUAUAUGAUCUGGAUGAAGAUGAUGAUGGUAUAGCUCCCAUUCCUACUAAACAGAUGAAGUUUGCAGCCUCAGGCAGCUUUGUCCACCACGUGUCUGGGCUGAGUAGUUCCAAGCUCUCCAUGUCCAAGGCUCUCCCUCUCACCAAAGUGGUUCAGAAUGAUGCUUACACGGCUCCUGCUCUCCCCUCAUCUAUUCGAACAAAAGCCUUGACCAACAUGUCCCGGACACUGGUGAACAAGGAGGAACCCCCCAAAGAGCUGCCACCUGCUGAGCCUGUCCUCAGCCCUUUGGAAGGCACCAAGAUGACUGUGAAUAAUCUGCACCCGCGAGUCACUGAGGAGGACAUUGUUGAGCUUUUCUGUGUGUGUGGAGCCCUCAAACGAGCUCGACUGGUCCAUCCUGGGGUAGCCGAGGUGGUCUUUGUGAAAAAGGAUGAUGCUAUCACUGCAUAUAAGAAGUACAACAACCGGUGUCUGGACGGACAGCCGAUGAAGUGCAACCUUCACAUGAAUGGGAACGUCAUCACCUCAGACCAGCCCAUCCUGCUGCGGCUGAGUGACAGUCCCUCAGUGAAAAAGGAGAGUGAGCUGCCUCGCAGGGUGAAUUCUGCCUCCUCAUCUAACCCUCCUGCUGAAGUGGACCCUGACACCAUCCUGAAGGCGCUCUUCAAGUCCUCAGGGGCCUCUGUGACCACACAGCCCACAGAAUUCAAAAUCAAACUUUGAGCAGGGGAGUAAGGCAGCCAGAAGCGGGGGCAGAGGAGGGUGGCUCUGUUUCCCAAGGCAAGGCUUGUGACCAAUGGGCCAUUGGACUGGAGACCUCUGAGCGUGGGCAGGGCCGCCAGGGGUAGAGAGCUUCCUCACUGGA